AUGGCCAUAGUUCCCAGUCCCCAGGCCCCAGUCCCCAGUCCCCAGUUCCCAGUCCCCCCCAGUCCCCAGUCCCCAGUUCCCAGUCCCCAGGCCCCAGUCCCCAGGCCCCAGUCCCCAGUCCCCAGUUCCCAGUUCCCAGUCCCCAGGCCCCAGGCCCCAGUCCCCAGGCCCCAGGCCCCAGGCCCCAGUCCCCAGUUCCCAGUCCCCAGUUCCCAGGCCCCAGUUCCCAGUCCCCAGGCCCCAGUCCCCAGUUCCCAGUCCCCAGUUCCCAGGCCCCAGUCCCCAGUUCCCAGUCCCCAGUUCCCAGUCCCCAGUCCCCAGGCCCCAGGCCCCAGUCCCCAGGCCCCAGUCCCCAGGCCCCAGUCCCCAGGCCCCAGUCCCCAGUCCCCAGGCCCCAGUUCCCAGGCCCCAGUCCCCAGGCCCCAGUCCCCAGUCCCCAGGCCCCAGUUCCCAGGCCCCAGUUCCCAGUCCCCAGGCCCCAGUCCCCAGUCCCCAGGCCCCAGUCCCCAGGCCCCAGGCCCCAGUCCCCAGUCCCCAGGCCCCAGGCCCCAGGCCCCAGUUCCCAGGCCCCAGUUCCCAGUCCCCAGGCCCCAGUCCCCAGUCCCCAGGCCCCAGUCCCCAGGCCCCAGUCCCCAGGCCCCAGGCCCCAGGCCCCAGGCCCCAGUUCCCAGUCCCCAGGCCCCAGUUCCCAGGCCCCAGUUCCCAGGCCCCAGUUCCCAGGCCCCAGUCCCCAGUCCCCAGGCCCCAGUUCCCAGUCCCCAGGCCCCAGUCCCCAGGCCCCAGUUCCCAGGCCCCAGUCCCCAGGCCCCAGUCCCCAGGCCCCAGUCCCCAGGCCCCAGUCCCCAGGCCCCAGGCCCCAGGCCCCAGUUCCCAGUCCCCAGGCCCCAGUCCCCAGUCCCCAGGCCCCAGUCCCCAGGCCCCAGGCCCCAGUCCCCAGGCCCCAGUCCCCAGGCCCCAGUCCCCAGGCCCCAGUCCCCAGUCCCCAGUCCCCAGUCCCCAGGCCCCAGUCCCCAGUCCCCAGGCCCCAGUUCCCAGGCCCCAGUUCCCAGUCCCCAGGCCCCAGUCCCAGUCCCCAGGCCCCAGUCCCCAGUUCCCAGGCCCCAGUUCCCAGUCCCCAGGCCCCAGGCCCCAGUCCCCAGGCCCCAGGCCCCCCCAGGCCCCAGUUCCCAGUCCCCAGGCCCCAGUCCCCAGUCCCCAGGCCCCAGGCCCCAGUCCCCAGGCCCCAGGCCCCAGUCCCCAGGCCCCAGUCCCCAGGCCCCAGUCCCCAGGCCCCAGUCCCCAGUCCCCAGGCCCCAGUCCCCAGUUCCCAGUCCCCAGGCCCCAGUUCCCAGGCCCCAGUUCCCAGGCCCCAGUUCCCAGUCCCCAGGCCCCAGUCCCCAGUCCCCAGGCCCCAGUCCCAGGCAGGCCCCAGUCCCCAGGCCCCAGUUCCCAGUCCCCAGGCCCCAGUCCCCAGGCCCCAGCCCCAGUCCCCAGGCCCCAGUCCCCAGGCCCCAGGCCCCAGUCCCCAGGCCCCAGGCCCCAGUUCCCAGUCCCCAGGCCCCAGUCCCCAGUCCCCAGGCCCCAGUCCCCAGGCCCCCCCAGGCCCCAGUCCCCAGGCCCCAGUCCCCAGCCCCAGUCCCCAGGCCCCAGUCCCAGUCCCCAGGCCCCAGUCCCCAGGCCCCAGGCCCCAGUCCCCCCCAGGCCCCAGUUCCCCAGUCCCCAGUCCCCAGCCCCAGUCCCCAGGCCCCAGUCCCCAGUUCCCAGUCCCCAGGCCCCAGUCCCCAGGCCCCAGACCUAUCGGCUGCCUUCGAUACUGUGAACCAUCAGAUCCUCCUCUCCACCCUCUCCGAGUUGGGCAUCUCCGGAAGCCUGGCGCAGGUCCUAAUCCAGGCACUUGUCAUCUCCCGUCUGGAUUACUGCAACUCGCUGUUGGCUGGGCUCCCUGCCUGUGCCAUUAAACCCCUACAACUCAUCCAGAACGCCGCAGCUAGUCUGGUGUUCAGCCUUCCCAAGUUCUCUCACGUCACCCCGCUCCUCCGCUCCUCCACUGGCUUCCAGUUGAAGCUCGCAUCCGCUAGAAGACCAUGGUGCUUGCUUGGGGAGCUGUGGGAGAACGGUUACCUCAGUACCUCCAGGCUCUGA